CCUAUCUGCUUAUCUCAUGGCUCCCAUACAAAUCUCCAAUCCCCAUUUCUCCAAACAAUAAUCACCACAAUUGGGUUCUGGUGAAGCAACAGCAACAAUGGCAGCUUCCUUACAAGCAGCGGCAACAUUCAUGCCACCUACCAGCAGGGUGCAGCUCAAGUCUUCUCCCAGCAUCUGCAAGGCCUUUGGUCUUGAAUCUACCGGAUCCAAGGUGUCUUGCUCUCUUCAAGCUGAUCUUAAGGACUUUGCUCAGAAGUGUACCGAUGCGGCUAAGAUCGCUGGAUUUGCUCUUGCUACUUCUGCUCUUGUUGUCUCGGGAGCAAGUGCCGAGGGAAGUCCGAAGAGGCUAACUUACGACGAAAUUCAAAGUAAGACAUACAUGGAAGUGAAAGGAACCGGAACAGCUAACCAAUGCCCAACCAUUGAAGGUGGGGUUAACGGGUUCGCGGUCAAGCCAGGCAAAUACAACGCCCAAAAGUUCUGUUUGGAACCCACAUCUUUCACAGUCAAAGCUGAAGGCAUAAGCAAGAACUCCGCACCCGAGUUCCAAAAAACUAAACUCAUGACCCGUUUGACCUACACCCUUGAUGAGAUCGAGGGUCCCUUGGAAGUAUCCUCCGACGGAACCAUAAAGUUCGAGGAGAAAGACGGAAUCGACUAUGCUGCUGUGACCGUUCAGCUUCCGGGAGGUGAACGUGUGCCGUUCCUGUUUACAAUCAAGGAACUCGUGGCCACGGGUAAACCUGAAAGCUUUGGUGGAAACUUUCUAGUGCCGUCAUACAGAGGGUCGUCUUUUCUUGACCCAAAGGGCAGAGGUGGUUCUACCGGUUAUGACAAUGCUGUGGCUCUGCCAGCUGGCGGGAGAGGAGACGAAGAGGAGCUGCUUAAAGAAAACAUAAAGAACACAGCGGCAGGGAAAGGAGAGAUCACCUUUAGUGUGACCUCUAGCAAGCCAGAAACCGGUGAGGUGAUUGGGGUGUUUGAGAGCAUUCAGCCUUCAGAUACUGAUCUUGGGGCCAAGGCUCCAAAGGAUGUGAAGAUUCAGGGUGUUUGGUAUGCCCAGUUGUGUUGUUUGCCAACGGAGCAUGACAUACUUAGUGUGCCAAUAGGGAAGAAUAGUUAUCGGGAUAGGCAAAGCAUUGAAGGAAGAUGAUGUUGUGGUCGAGCGGAUGGCACAAUUUGUUAUUGAGAAGAUGAAACUACAGGAGGAUAGGAGAAAGAAUGUUCAUACUAAACUUUCUUGUUGUAUUCAACGCAAUUAUGGGUAAAACAAUAUGUACAUCCACUCUAAUCCUCUCGAUCGGGAAUGAAGGGCUAUAUGGGGUUGGGGGAUUACAAUGUUAUCAUUGAAAGAGCGAAAUAGAAUCAAGCAGACACGUGUAUAAAGGGAGCGACACACAUGAUAAUCUCCGUUCUGUUUUUCGGUUUGUGCACAUACAAAAUUGAAACCGAACCUGAAUUUCAGAAUUUGAAAAAACAUAACACCACGUUGGUUUUGAAUUGGGUUCAAUUAUUUCGGUUUCACGCACAACAUCGCUUUUGUUAUUGAAUUUAUAGAUAACGAAUUAAUAAUUUUUAUUUUUUAA